CCCAGAACCAGCUCCUGCCACCACCUCCAACUCCACCUUGCCCUCCACCAGCUCCACCAUGUCUUGCUGCGGCUCCUUCUCCUCCCUCAGCUGCGGAGGCGGCUGCCUGCAGCCCUGCUGCAUCCGGGAUCCCUGCUGCUGCUGCCCCGUGUCCUGCCAGACCACCGUGUGCCGGCCCGUGACCUGCGUGCCCCGCUGCACACGCCCCAUCUGCCAUCCCUGCCCCAGGCCCGUGUGCUGCGAUCCGUGUGGCCUGCAGGAAGGCUGCUGUCGCCCCAUCACCUGCUGCCCAUCGUCCUGCACAGCCGUGGUGUGCAGGCCCUGCUGCUGGGCGUCUACCUGCUGCCAGCCAGUGACUGUGCAGGCGCCCUGCUGCCGGCCCCCGUGCUGCCGGCCCGCGCCCUGCCGCGUGACCUGCAGGGGCCCCAGCCUUGACCCUUGCUGUUGCUGAGCCCCUGUGGUCACCAAAGGUCCCCACACAGUGUCCAGGUCUAUCCUGCCAGUGCUCACCACACGCUAGCAGGACAACCCCAUUCCUCUUCAAAGUAGCUGGCGCAGUAUGUGAAGACCCCUUUCAGAACAGCAGCACACAGGGUCUGGCAUCCUGCUGGCCUGCACUGGAACUCCUUAGCAUGUUGUCUGUUUUCUAAUAAACUCAUACUCCCAGCAUGGCA